AGCCGCGCUGUUCCACUGCAGCGUUACUCAGCAUGUCUGAUAAUAAAGAUGCAAAACUGUAUAUUCUGCUUGAUCAAGCUUCACUUGAGUCAGUCAAAGCAGCAAGUGGAAAAGAAUUUCAACUACUCAAUCCUGAUAGACACAAAGAUAAAAUUUUAAAGUCGGGUCUAGAUGCUUCAUCAAUUCGACCCGAUAUCACCCACCAGUGCUUACUUAUGCUACUUGACAGCCCUCUGAACCGAGUUGGCAGAUUACAGGUUUUCAUUAGGACAAGGAAAAAUGUAAUCAUUGAGGUCAAUCCCAAAACGCGCAUACCACGCACAUUUGACCGAUUUUGUGGACUUAUGGUACAACUCUUGCACAAACUAUCAAUACAUGCUGAAGGUGGUAAUCGUGAGAAGCUGCUAAAGGUUGUAAAAAAUCCUAUAUCACGACACUUCCCAAUUGGUGCUCCAGUUAUCGCCACAUCAUUUUCAGCUAAAGAACAGAUCAAACCGCUGCAACUUGCGGAGAACACACAAAAAUCUGGUCCUCAGUCAGUUGUCAUAGUUAUUGGAGCGUUAGCGCAUGGAUCAAUCAUCGAAAAUUGUAAAGAAUUCUUACAACGCACAGUCAGUAUCAGUAACUUUCCUUUAUCAGCUGCUCAAACAUGCUCCCGAAUAUGCACUGCCUUCGAAGAACUAUGGGACGUUGAAAAUAUAAUACGUGAAAAUAAUGUACAGAUUGAAAACUAACCUAUUCAAAUGCACAUAAGAAAACACUUAAAAUAUGGAUGUAUACUGAUAUUAAUCAUCACGCACUAUGACAGCAUGUGAGAAUGAAAGUUAUUCACCUAACUAUUAUGUACUAAGAACCUACAUCAGAAUCCUUUUUAUGUUGUACAUUAAAAUACAUACAAAUAAAAACACCUCAUCAACUAAAA